UAUUAAUCAGAAAGUUGUCUCACUGUCACCCUUAGAAGAACCCACCUCUUUUACUGACAACAACAGGAUCAUGUUCAGCGUGCAAGUGUGGAUUUUGGUGGGUUUGAGCGCUCUGGUAAGUUGCCAGAGCAUCAUAGAAGCCGGUCUCGAACCCCUGGACGUCUCAGCCACCAUCGAGUGCCACCGAAGAAUGUACACGUUCAGAGUGACGCAAACCGACGAAAGCGGCAAACAGUGCUGGGACACCCUAUCGGUGAUGGCCUGUUGGGGACGCUGUGAUUCGAACGAGAUAUCCGACUGGAGGUUCCCGUACAAAAAAUCCAACCAUCCCGUCUGCGUCCAUUACGGACGCAAUCGUUCGGUUGUUAAGUUGCGACACUGCGAAGAAGGCGCUAAUCCUUCGGCUGCCAGAUACGAAUAUUUGGAAGCUGCAGGAUGUAAAUGCCAACAAUGUUCUUCGUCUGACACCAGUUGUGAGGGUUUAAGAUAUAGACCGCAACGUUCUCAUCCGGCUUCUCUUGGGUUCAGAAUUAAUUAAUUCCAAGCGGUGUAAUUAAUAUACAAGGCGUCAAAAAUAGUUAUGUUGAGUUGAAGGUUUUUUUGUGUUUUGAUAAGGUAUUAUUUCGGUGGCUGGACAUAGUUUUUUUUUUAACAACCGCGCUAUUAAUUUGACGGCUUGUAUGUUAAGUUGACUGAAAUGAUACUGAACAGAUAAGUCUAUAUUUUUGUAAUGGGUUCAUACAGAUGAUUAUAUUUUGUUUAUUUGUUUGUAGGGGAAAUGUUUAUAAUGUACAUUCUUCGUGUUCACAUGUGUCGUGUCUUGAUAGCCAGUAUUAUAUUGUAAUUUAUGUAAUAUUUCUGCUAUAAUAAAU